AGGACUAGACAAGGGUUGAAUGGCUACCCUGAGAUAGGACUCCCAGUUUUAAUUAGUUUGUUAACAAGGAUGCUCUUGUCAUCAGAAAGGAGAGCCUCAGUUUACCCCUUCUCUUUCUGUUCCAGUUGGCAACCACACGUCAGAGGUUUUCCACUGCUUCUCACCUGGCCAGACUGGAGACGUAAUAUCUGUAACCGACGUCUGAGAUUCUACGAACAUAAGCCCCAGUUGCUGUCUCCUCACUCUAUGGAACCUGUUAUAGAAACCCAUUGAGGGUUCUUCCCCUUGAGAUCCUAGACUCUUAGAUACAGCUUCAGACGGGGAAGAUGCUGAGCUCUAUCAAGUGUGUGCUGGUCGGCGACAGUGCUGUGGGGAAAACCUCACUGUUGGUGCGCUUCACCUCUGAGACCUUCCCCGAGGCCUACAAACCCACGGUGUAUGAGAACACGGGUGUAGACGUCUUCAUGGAUGGCAUCCAGAUCAGCCUGGGUCUCUGGGACACUGCGGGCAAUGAUGCCUUCAGAAGCAUCCGCCCCCUGUCCUACCAGCAGGCAGACGUGGUACUAAUGUGUUACUCUGUGGCCAACCAUAGCUCGUUCCUGAACUUGAAGAACAAAUGGAUUAGUGAGAUCAGGAGCAACCUACCCUGUACCCCGGUGCUGGUGGUGGCCACACAGACUGACCAGAGAGAGACGGGACCUCACAGGGCUUCCUGCAUCAAUGCCAUAGAAGGGAAGAGACUUGCCCAGGAUGUGCGAGCCAAGGGCUACCUGGAGUGCUCAGCCCUUAGCAACCGGGGAGUCCAGCAGGUAUUUGAAUGUGCUGUCCGCACAGCUGUCAACCAGGCCAGGAGACGAAAUAGAAGGAAGCUGUUUUCCAUCAACGAAUGCAAGAUCUUCUAACCCCGAGGUCCUGUACCCAACAUUCAUGAACAUACCUCAAAGACUCAUGGGAGAGGGGAAGGGGGCAAGCCAAGAGGACCGAUGCUCCGUCUUGGCACAUCCGAACAAUCUUUCAGUUAUGGGGAAGUCUGCCACUGAUGCUUCCACAAACUGUACUCUGCAGAUGAACUCUGCCAACACAACCUGAGAGAUUCCUUGGGGAGCCAUGUGAGAAGUCCGACUUCAAUGAGAGAUUAAAACGACCAUCCUCAUUUAGACAAUGAAGCGCAUUUCCCAAGUAUGCUGUAUUUAAACCCACAUCUUAUUUAAAUAAUGACCAAAUAUAGAGCUCUUGUUUUCCUGUG